AUGGAAACAGGAAAUCGAAGUACCACAAUCACUUCCUUUGUCCUUUGGGGAUUUUCAUAUUACUUGCCAGUGAAUAUCUUCCUCUUCUUUGUAUUCCUCUUUAUUUAUGUCCUAACUUUACUAGGAAAUGUAGUCAUUAUGGUUGCUACAAGUCAUCUCCACAGCCCCAUGUACUUUUUUCUGGCUCAUCUGGCUUUUCUUGAUAUCUGUUUUUCCUCUGUCACCGUGCCUAAGCUCUUAGGGAUUUUUACCAAAAGGCAGGGUAUUUCGUAUUCUGGCUGUUUUGCCCAAAUGUUCUUUAUUCUGCUAACAGGAAGCAAUGAAGUAUGCCUUCUUGCAGCAAUGGCCUAUGACCGAUAUGCUGCCAUUUGCAAACCCCUCCAUUAUGUUCAAAUUAUGAACAAAGCAUGUUGUAGAUGGCUGGUGGGUGGUGCAUGGGCAACAGCUUUGUCAUAUGCCUUGAUAAACACCGUUCUUGCCUUGAAGCUGGAUUUCUGUGGACCAAAUUUUAUCAGGGAUUUCAGUUGUGAAUUUCCAUCUGUACUUGCCUUAUCUUGCACAGACACACUCUCCAAUUGGGUAGUAUUCCUCAUAACUGGUAUUAGUAUUGUCAUAUCUUCACUGACUCUGAUUCUAUUUUCCUACAUCCACAUCGUUUUAACUAUCCUGAAGUUGAACUCCACAGAAGCAAAGAGAAAAACUUUCUCUACCUGUAGUGCUCACCUUAUUGUUGUAGUUUUGUAUUAUAGUACUGGAUGUUUUAGGCAUAUGAGGCCCAGCUCAUCCUCCUCAAUUAUUGUGGAUGAACUCUUCUCUGUUCAGUAUAGCAUUUCAACACCCAUGCUGAACCCCCUUAUCUACAGCCUGAAAAACAGGGAAGUGAAGGAAGCCAUCAAAAAGCUAAUGGGCUACAAACCCUUGAUUUCUUGUACUUGGUGA